CCGCCGGUCGGCGAUGUCCGCCUGGAGUUGUCGCCUCCGCCGCCGGUGCCGUUACCGGCUGUGAGCGGGUCUGUGGUCGGCUCGUCCGGGCGUCUCAUGGCCGCUAGCAAAUCUCUGGUGCCCGACCGGCUGCGCCUGCCGCUCUGCUUCCUUGGUGUCUUUGUCUGCUAUUUCUACUAUGGGAUCCUGCAGGAAAAGAUAACAAGAGGAAAAUAUGGGGAGGGAGCCAAACAGGAGACGUUCACCUUUGCCUUAACCCUAGUCUUCAUCCAGUGUGUGAUCAAUGCUGUGUUUGCCAAGAUUUUUUUUGACACUGCCAGGGUGGAUCGUACUCGGAGCUGGCUCUAUGCUGCCUGUUCUUUGUCCUAUUUGGGUGCUAUGGUCUCCAGCAACUCAGCACUACAGUUUGUCAACUAUCCAACUCAGGUCCUUGGUAAAUCCUGCAAGCCAAUCCCAGUCAUGCUCCUUGGGGUGACCCUCUUGAAGAAGAAGUACCCAUUGGCCAAGUACCUGUGUGUGUUGCUAAUUGUGGCUGGAGUGGCCCUUUUCAUGUACAAACCCAAGAAAGUAGUUGGGAUGGAAGAACACACAAUCGGCUAUGGAGAAUUACUCCUGCUAUUGUCUCUGACCUUGGAUGGACUGACAGGUGUUUCCCAGGACCACAUGCGGGCUCAUUACCAAACAGGCUCCAACCACAUGAUGUUGAACAUCAACCUUUGGUCGACAUUGCUUCUAGGAGCUGGAAUCCUGUUCACUGGGGAGCUCUGGGAGUUCUUGAGCUUUGCUGAAAGGUACCCAAUCAUCAUCUAUAAUAUCCUGCUCUUUGGCCUGACUAGUGCCUUGGGUCAGAGCUUCAUCUUCAUGACAGUUGUGUAUUUUGGUCCCCUGACCUGCUCAAUCAUCACGACAACUCGGAAGUUCUUCACUAUUUUGGCCUCUGUUAUCCUCUUUGCCAACCCCAUUAGCCUCAUGCAGUGGGUAGGCACUGUGCUUGUGUUCCUGGGUCUUGGUCUUGAUGCCAAGUUUGGGAAGGGAGCAAAGAAGACAACCCACUAGGAAGAGAGAGACUACCUCCACUCCAAGAAUACUUAAGUUAUUAUCUCCAACAGUGACAUCUCCUGGGAAAAUGGACUUAGUAGUGAUAAGGAACUGGGUUCCAGAUUUUGUUUUGUUUUUUUUUUUUUUUUUAAUCAAAGGAAGCAAAAUCACAUAUUCUA